AGCUGAAGGGAUUUACCCCCAGAAAUUCAAAAGGUGAUAAUGUCUGUGAAGACGACUUUCGAGAUGGUCUCUCUUUGCUUGCUAGUGCUACUGAUGCAGCCUUCUUUUGUGUCUACAUUUGGUUGUCAGCACAAUAGCUGUUUUGAGAGGAUAUCUCAUUCUUAUGCAUAUAACGCAGUGAAAGUGGCGAAUGAGAGUGAAACUGAGUAUCAGAACUUUACAUUUCCUGUGAACGCUACUGUAUAUGCUACUGCUAGUGGCAAUGCUAGUUUUUAUGCAUCAAUUCCAAAAGACUAUAGUAACCACUGUAGGUUGAGGACAUUUGAAAGUGAUUGUUGGGCCAGUAAGCAGUGCCACGGACCAAACCGUAAGAUAUUACUGUAUGAAGAAGAAAGGCAAAAGGUUAUAGAAUAUAAAUUUUAUAAUCUAACUGUUGCACAAGAUGGAACAAGAAUAGACAUAUGUGCUCACUGUGGUGGCCCUGGUGGGUCAUAUGUCUGCUUCCCUCCAGUCUACCUUACAGUUAAUGGUCCUCCUGUCAACUUAUCGAACUAUGUAUCAGUAAAGGUGACAUCCAAUGGGAUUGUGAUCACUGGGAUCAUUGAUACUGACACCGAACUAUUAAUCAUUAUUAAGAAUACUAAUAAUGAAACUGUCUAUGAAGAAACUGUACAUAUUUUACCGUUUGUUGUGAGUGGAAAUAAAAUUGAUAGCAAUUUUGAUCCAGCAGCAAACUACACAGUAUUUAUAACUGGCAAAAACCCUGCCGGUACAGGCGAAACAUUGCAACGUAGUGUUUCAUUUAAAAACUUUAUUUCAUUUAAUGUAAGUAGUGUAAAAUAUAGAAUAGUUAAUGGCCGCACAGUGGCCAUCAUUAGCUUAACAUUUAAUCGCUCGCGUCCUUUAUCAAUACCACGACAGAUUAAAGUGGAAUCUGAUUGUAUACAUAAAGGACACAAGGAAGUCUUUCUUAAUAAAUCAGAUAGUCUAAGAAUACGGCUUUUACAAGGAGUGAAAGAUUGUGUUUUAAAUUUGUCUUCUGGAGGAAAACAGAAAUCGAUAAACAUUAUGACUCUGAUAGCAGCAGUAGUAGCAGUGUGUGUUAUAGCAGCAAUACUAGCAAUUAUUGCCAUUGCUAGAAUAAUAGUAGUAUUAGUAAAGAAAAAGUCUAAAAAAAGUGAAUACACUGUUACAUUCUCUGAUAUAACAGUUACAAUUGAAGGCUCAGAGGACAAAAAAAGUGAAACUGAAGUGGAUAUACCAGCACCUCACUCUGUACCUGUACGUGAUACAGAAUCACAUUCUGAGUAUGUACAAAAUGUCCACUUGUUUGAUUUUAAUUUACUUUAA